AUGGAGUCCUCCGAAUCCUCGCCCGGGACGCCGUCUCGGGACUCGGCAGAUAGCCCGCCAACAGUCGCGACAUGGACCACCUCUCCCGAUGUUUCGCUCCUUGACGUGUCCCUCGACGACGGCUCGGGCGCCUCGCCGGCGGCGUCUCUGUCCGCCCGGCGCGAGGAGUAUGUCCUGGUGACGGGCGGCCUCGGCUUCAUCGGGAGCCACACGGUCGUGGAGCUCGUCAAGGCCGGGUACAACGUCAUCAUCGUAGACGACUUGAGCAACAGCUAUCGCAGCGUGCUGGACGGGAUACUAGAAAUCGCCCGCCGCCACUACGAGGACCGCCGUCAGGGCGGCGGCGCGCGGCGGCGCUGCCCCAUGGUCGAGAUGCACCAGGUGAGCUACCGCGACCUGCCGGCCAUGCGGUCCAUCCUGGAGCUGCACUCGUUCCCCAGCCCGGCAGGCACGCCCGCCCGCUCCAACAUCGUGGGCGUCAUCCACCUGGCCGCCUACAAGGCCGUCGAGGAGAGCAUCCGCCACCCCCUCCGGUACUACCAGAACAACAUCAACGGGCUGGUGGACCUGGUGGCGCUGCUGGGCGAGUUCGCCGUCAAGACCUUCAUCUUCUCCUCGUCGGCCGCCGUCUACGGGUCGCUCUCGGCCGGCGGGGGCCGCCCCCUCCGCGAAGAGAUCUGCGCACACCCGGCCGAGCGGGCCGGCACCGGGGCGCCGCCGUCACGCUCCGCCGGCGGCGGCGGCAUCACCAACCCCUACGGCCGCACCAAGCUCUUCGCCGAGGCCAUCCUCUCUGUGCUCGACGUCGUCCGCGCCAUGGAGGCCGUGUCGGGGCGGGCCAUUCCGCGCGAGACGGUCGCCCGCCGCGACGGCGACGUGGCUGCCUCGGUGGCCGCUGUGGACCGCGCGCGCCGCGAGCUGUGCUGGGAGACGGAGAAGACGCUGCUGGACGCGUGCUACAGCGUGUGCAGUCGGCUCGAUUUGCUGCCGUGUCGGGCGCGUGGUGUGUAA